UACUCAUAUCUUCAACCUAGCAACCUGCUCUCGAAAUGUCUUCUUCUCAUGCUCUCGGUUCUGAACAACCCCUCCAUCACUCAACUUUUGCCGAUCUUCAGCUUGGAAUAUCUUCCCAGUCAAUCCUUGCUCGCCUCCUCCGGUAUUGGGACUCGCCAAACGUCGACAACCCCAGUGAAUCCAUGGGAAUCACUUUGCUUUUCCUUGAUGAGAAGGAUUCAAUGCUCAGCGGAUUCAUUCCUGCAAACCAAGCCGAUGACUACCGUUCAUCUUUACAAGAGGGUGACGUUUACGAAGUUGCACACUUUGAGGUUGAAAGAUGCCCACAUCUGUACAAGCUUACGGAAAAUACUUUUGUAAUCCGGUUCAUCGCCCAAACAACUUUGGUUAAAUCCAUCAGCAAUGGUCCUGUUAUCAGCUUACAAAAAUUCAUGCUUCGCAAGCAUGACCAUCUCCAAAUCCUAGCCAACACAAACUUAGAACUCCCAGAUGUUGUUGGUCAAAUUCAAUCUGUCAAAGGUUAUGGCCUUACAGACCCUCAAAUCAUUUCUCCACUUCUCAUCCGUUUCCUCAUUGAACCCACCGUCAAAGUGUACUUGUCUUUAUGGGACGAUGCGGCAGCAACUUUUAAGGGUAUCCUUAAUUCAGAGGUUAGAGUCCACACCGUCAUGGUGGUCACAACGGUCAACCCAACAAAAAUUGGAGAUAAGCUUUACCUCAACUCCACACCAGCAACCAAAUUGUUUUUCUGCUCCAAUCUCCCACCCAUCACAGAGUUCACUUCAAGGUUAAGAACUGCAGUGGGCGAAGAGAUUCCCAGUUACCACGACAAAACAUGGAUCAAUGACACGCAACUAAGCUCCAUUGGAGAUCUCAACAUGUUCCUCUCCAACACUACCGACCAGGCACCUUAUUUUAUAUGCAAAGCACGGAUUGUUGAGAUCUUGACCAAAAAUGGCUGGUUUUAUGUCUCAUGCACUCGCUGCAACAAAAAAAUAGAAAAUUCUGCUGCAUCUCUCCGCUGCAACCAAUGUCUUAUCUCCAACGUCACCGGUGUUGUUAGGUACUGUGUUGAAUUACUGGUUGAUGAUGGGAAUAAUUAUGCAACUUUUGUGGUGUUCGACAAGGAGAUGCUUAAGCUCACAAACCAAGAUGCAGCAACUCUGUUUCUUGAUCAGGUCAAUCGUGGUGUCAACGAGAACCUUCCACAGUGCAUAGCAGACCUUGGCGGGCAAGAAUUUCUUUUCCACGUACGUGUCACACCAUCCAAUCCCACCCCAAUCAACCGCACAUUCACCGUCGCUGCAGUCAGUCACACUAUCAACCCCGAGAAUCCCAAGAUCAAUGAAGACGCAUGUGUUGACGUGAAAUGUGAGGAAGCAUCCACUUCAGCUUCUGCCAGCAAGACGUCAACAGCUGAGGUCAAACAAGGUGGACGCAAGCACCCACGUGAUUGAGUGUUGAAAGGAAUCAAAAAGUCUUCCCCAACCCUGCUUCUUUAGCUUUAAGAAUUUUUAAAUUACUAUGCAUUUCCUAUUUCAGACUUUGCCAUAUUUUCCAGUAUUUUUCCAGCUUUUUAAGAAAUUCAUUCGAACAAUGUACCUCACACGAGGCUGACUUUUUUAACAUUUUAAUAGUUCCAAAAGGGUUGACGUAAUAUUCACAUCGCCUUUACAAAAUGGAGAACAUACUAUUUGCAUGAACAUCCAGUAUAUACGUAUACCACCACUUUUACUCUACCACUGAACAAUAACAUUUCAAUUACAAAUAACUUUACACAUCCUUUGGUUCGGUUAUCAGCAAAUGAUAUCUAGAGGCGUCUGUGCUCAGACCAUGUAGUAAUUGUUAACAUUCUUCGUGGUAAAAACCACUCAACAAUGUAAUUACGUUUUAAAGAGGUAAACGUGGAACAACAAUAUGAUACAUUCUAGACAUCAUUUGCUGAAAUGGCCAUUUUUGUAGUAAUAGCCACUCAACUAAUAUGCAUUUUCAACCCUCUUCACUGUUCUUCUUCUUAUAAAUCUCUCUGCUCCUCCUCUCCUGCACUCCACCACCAUCAACGUUUUACACUACAACACCGCAAAUAUAUCUAACAUCCCCGCGCUUGCGCGGGGCUUCGCCCCUAGUCUUAUAUAAUAAAGAAGACUAUGCUCUUUCCUCCUUCCUCCACAUCAGCAUUCAGCAUGGGGCAAAUUGUAUCACCUAUCCUCUUUUUUACGUAAGUUAAUCAAAUUUUUUUUCUUGGUUCUAUUUGCUUCUUUGUUUGGUGGACUCUUCCAUUAAAUCUUCAUAACUGGCCCAUCUUUUAUAAGGUUUUUAUCUACUGCAGCCACUCACUCAGCUCCUCCUCCCUCACUCUUCGUCUCCUGAAAAUUUUGACCACCUCCUCUUUAAUGUCAUCCGAUUCCAUAUUACAUCUCCUUUAAUCUCAUCAUUUACUUUGAACCCAUUACUCAUCCCAUUAUCUCUCAAUUAAAUCAUCAAAGUUAACAGCUUCAAGCUCUUGAGUAUAAAUGGGUAUGGCAGGAAUGAUCAACCAUCAAAGAGAACAAGACACUUUGGAAUAUGAAGAGUGUAUAAUAAAGAAGACUAUGCUCUCUCCUCCUUCCUCCACAUCAGCAUUCAGCAUGGGGCAAAUUGUGCCACCUGUCCUCUUUUUUACGUAAGUUAAUCAAAUUUUUUUUCUGGGUUCUAUUUGCUUCUUUGUUUGGUGGACUCUUCCAUUAAAUCUUCAUAGUUGGCCCAUCUUUUAUAGGGUUUUUAUCUACUGCAGCCACUCACUCAGCUCCUCCUCCCUCACUCUUCGUCUCCUGAAAAUUUUGACCACCUCCUCUUUAAUGUCAUCCGAUUCCGUAUUACAUCUCCUUUAAUCUCAUCAUUUACUUUGAACCCACUACUCAUCCCAUUAUCUCUCAAUUAAAUCAUCAAAGUUAACAGCUUCAAACUCUUGAGUAUAAAUGGGUAUGGCAGGAAUGAUCAACAUCCAAAAAGAACAAGACACUUUGGAAUAUGAAGAGUGUAUAAUAAAGAAGACUAUGCUCUCUCCUCCUUCCUCCACAUCAGCAUUCAGCAUGGGGCAAAUUGUGCCACCUGUCCUCUUUUUUACGUAAGUUAAUCAAAUUUUUUUUCUGGGUUCUAUUUGCUUCUUUGUUUGGUGGACUCUUCCAUUAAAUCUUCAUAGUUGGCCCAUCUUUUAUAGGGUUUUUAUCUACUGCAUCCACUCACUCAGCUCCUCCUCCCUCACUCUUCGUCUCCUGAAAAUUUUGACCACCUCCUCUUUAAUGUCAUCCGAUUCCGUAUUACAUCUCCUUUAAUCUCAUCAUUUACUUUGAACCCACUACUCAUCCCAUUAUCUCUCAAUUAAAUCAUCAAAGUUAACAGCUUCAAACUCUUGAGUAUAAAUGGGUAUGGCAGGAAUGAUCAACAUCCAAAGAGAACAAGACACUUUGGAAUAUGAAGAGUGUAUAAUAAAGAAGACUAUGCUCUCUCCUCCUUCCUCCACAUCAACAUUCAGCAUGGGGCAAAUUGUGCCACCUGUCCUCUUUUUUACGUAAGUUAAUCAAAUUUUUUUUCUGGGUUCUAUUUGCUUCUUUGUUUGGUGGACUCUUCCAUUAAAUCUUCAUAACUGGCCCAUCUUUUAUAGGGUUUUUAUCUACUGCAGCCACUCACUCAGCUCCUCCUCCCUCACUCUUCGUCUCCUGAAAAUUUUGACCACCUCCUCUUUAAUGUCAUCCGAUUCCGUAUUACAUCUCCUUUAAUCUCAUCAUUUACUUUGAACCCAUUACUCAUCCCAUUAUCUCUCAAUUAAAUCAUCAAAGUUAACAGCUUCAAGCUCUUGAGUAUAAAUGGGUAUGGCAGGAAUGAUCAACCAUCAAAGAGAACAAGACACUUUGGAAUAUGAAGAGUGAUAAGAGAGAGAUAGUGACGUCUGUUAAAGCCGGGAGGGGAAGCAAUCGUCUCUGGGAUUUCUUUUCAUUAACGAGUAUCGGAGGAGGAGCAUUACUUGACAUAAAAGAAAAUGAAAAAUCUUCAUCAAUGGGAUCAAAAGUCUCUGAUCCUAGAGGAAUUGCAGGUUUUGAACUUGCUGUAUGUUCUUAAUGUUUUCUUGAUUAUAUGGGUAGGUUCUUUGUUUUAGUUUCGAAUUUUAAACAAGUUUACAAGUUUUUGAUUGGGUCUGAUCUAUGAGUUUACAAAGUUUGUGUGUGUGGUUACAUAAUUGAUUAGUUAGUUUGUCUGAUGGAUUUAUGCGAAGUCAGUAAGACAAAACGGAAAAGUUAUUGGAGACUUUGGUAAUCUCGUCAACAUUCCAACCGGAAAGGAUAUUGCGAGGAAGGCAGAGGUUGUUGUUAUCAUCAGCCCUGAAGAAUGCAAACAACAUGUUACCAAAAGAGGAAGUUUCACAGCAACCCUCUAUUAGUAUGCUGCAAGUGGUGGACUCAAAGAUGUUGUGAAUGGCAACAUUGAUGCUCUUGAUGAUGGUGACAAACUUGCUGUUGUCGAAUACGCUGAUGACAUUUUCAAGUUUUACAAGAGCAUUGAAGAGGAAGGAAGAGACUAUAUGGGAUCACAACCUGAAUUAAACAUCAAGAUGAGAUCCAUCCUCAUUGUAGAUAUGGGUACCUCAUGAGGAAGACAAGGUUGGUCAAAGGUUCUGUUUAAAUCCGAUUAAGAUCUUUGAAGGCAAAAAAAAAAAAAAACUUUUGGAGAUAGUUGGAGGUCCCACCCUUUGCGAGAACCCAUUCUAGGUAUCUCCAAACCAGAUACGAGCAUUGGAGAAAAGGAACAAAGCUGGAAAUUUUGCAAAGAAAAUAAAGGCAAAAACGAGAAGAAAGAUGCAUGACCUCUCCAACCCAUUAGAACCUGAUGAGUUUGCAGACAUGUGGAAGGAUGAUGAAUGAUAAAGGUCGAUCAAGUCUUUGUUAUUUUUGUCUCUACUGUUCCUUGUUCUUUUUUCUUCUCUCCCUCUUAUGGAUCAAAAUGUGUUCUUCUGUUUUCAUAGAAUUGAUAAUUUCAGUGAGUAAAAAGUUCAUUAUUUUGCAAUAUAAAGUGCUUUUGUAUCUUUAUUGAUGUCUAUUUACAUAAAGAAGUAUGUAAAAAUAAAAUGUAUCAGGACAAAAUAACGACUCAGAGGAUUGAACCAAUUAGAAGAAGAAAUCAACGGGUAUUAGCGAGAGCCCAGUUAGCUUCAGUUCCUCUCCUAGGGAUGGCAUUGAUCUUAGUACAAGCAUCCACUUGGAAGUUUGCUCCACAUAUCACACCUUCGCUGUCAAUCAUCGGCAUUGCCUUCAUGUUGUUCUCGGGAUGUUCAAAACUCUUAAGCCCGAUCUCACUAUGAUACACACUCCCUGCAAAAACCUUAGCCUACGAUAUUGCAGUGGAGCCACUCAGGAUGACGAAUCAACACAUUAAGUUAAGGAACUAAUGUUUGGAUAACGACAAUCCAGAGGUUCAUUACAUUGAGGGGUUAUAUCAGUAUAUUUUCCACUACAAAUCUAUCAAAUGACUCAACCAUCCUUGCCAAUCCGCAGAUGAGAACUAUGACAAUGGUACAUAUUUUCAUGAUAUAUUAAUGUUGUGCAGAAACAAUUUUGAAGAGGAAAAAGAAUAUUUGAAUAAGCUGUCUUCGAAAAAUAAUCAAUAUAAAUCAGAUCAAUAAAAAAUAAUACAUACGAACCCGGCGCAUAGAGCCGGAAGACCCCUAGUAAACAAUAAACGGAAUCUCUAAAACUAUAAAAACGCGGAGCCAAGUAGUCCCUUGCUCGUGCGAGUUCCAAACUUCCGAGCUAUCGUUCUCCGAUUACAAAUAUGAUAACCUGAGACCAUCGCCGGCCUCAGGGACACACUACAGUCUCCGAGAGAGACUAAUCCGCCAUGACGAAAUCGGAAAACUCAACAACUUGUAGCCAUUUUUCUUUCGCAAAGAUCCAACCGUCCGAGGAUGCUGACGCCGAUCCCGAUUCGUACGCCCUCGAGAAAUUCAAGCUCUACGAGACCAGAGCGUUACUUGAAAAGGGGCGUGAAUGAUUGUGGAAGGGUGGCGAAUGAUGUUGAAACAGAACAACUUGUUUUUUUUGAUGAAGAAGCUGGAUCAUGCAAGGGAAAAAUGACCUCAGUGGUUUAGAUGCGAGGAUCAAUUCCACUCUUGUGGUCGCAAGAGACCUCGAAAUUUAGUCCCAAGCCUGAUAUUUUCUGUGAGAAACUAACGUAACAUGCGCCUGUUAUCUCUAUUAGACGAUUCUAACGUGUGUGUUAUUGAUAUUCCUUUUGAAGACCUGGUGAACCGAUAUGGGAAUCCAAUUAUUGUGCUCAACUUAAUCAAGAUUAGUUUUUAAAUUUAAUGUACUUUUAAGCAUGAGGCAUUGAACACUUCCUUGCAAAUAUUCAUACACUUUAGCGUAAUGAUUCUCACUUAAAAUU